CGAAGCCCCGGGCCAGUUUUAGGCGCGCGCGGUAGCUGGGCGCAGCGAGGGUUGGCCAGGCGGCGGCGACAGGCACGUUGCAUGCGUGCAUUGGGCGCAGCUUUUGCAGAAAUUGCUUUGGCUCUGCAGUAGCGCGGUGGAGGGUCCGAGUCGCCGGGGGAUGGGCACCCGGCCCCGGAGCCAGGCUGGCACCGCUCGCUGAAAGGGCCCUUGGCUGGGCUUGGGGGUGGGGGCACUGGUGCCCGCCUUGGACUGUGCGCGACGUGUUUGUUCUUUUUCUUGUAGUGUCAAGGUUUCCCUGGACGGGCGCGCGAUGCAGCGGGCAGCGGCACUGGUCCGGCGGGGCUGCUGCCCCCGGACCCCGGGCCCAUGGGGCCGUAGUCAGAGCAGCGCAGCCGCCGAGGCCUCGGCAGUGCUCAAGGUGCGGCCCGAGCGGAGCCGGCGCGAGCGCAUCCUUACGCUUGAGUCCAUGAACCCGCAGGUGAAGGCUGUGGAGUAUGCGGUGCGGGGACCCAUCGUGCUCAAGGCCGUCGAGAUCGAGCUCGAGCUGCAGCGGGGUAUCAAAAAACCAUUCACUGAGGUCAUCCGUGCCAACAUCGGGGACGCCCAGGCCAUGGGCCAGCAGCCAAUAACCUUCCUCCGACAGGUGAUGGCACUCUGCACCUACCCAAACCUGUUGGACAGCCCCAGCUUCCCAGAAGAUGCUAAGAAACGAGCCCGGCGGAUCCUACAGGCUUGUGGCGGGAACAGCCUGGGGUCUUACAGCGCUAGCCAGGGCGUCAAUUGCAUCCGUGAAGAUGUGGCUGCCUACAUCACCAGGAGAGACGGCGGCGUGCCUGCAGACCCCGACAACAUUUAUCUGACCACAGGAGCCAGUGACGGCAUUUCCACAAUCCUGAAGAUCCUGGUGUCUGGCGGUGGCAAGUCCCGGACCGGUGUGAUGAUCCCCAUCCCACAGUACCCCCUCUACUCGGCUGUCAUCUCUGAGCUCGAUGCCAUCCAGGUGAACUAUUACCUAGAUGAGGAGAACUGCUGGGCCCUAAAUGUGAACGAGCUCCGGCGGGCCGUGCAGGAGGCCAAAGACCACUGUGACCCCAAGGUGCUGUGUAUCAUCAAUCCCGGGAACCCCACAGGUCAGGUACAAAGCAGAAAGUGCAUAGAAGAUGUGAUUCACUUUGCCUGGGAAGAGAAGCUUUUUCUCCUGGCUGAUGAGGUGUACCAGGACAACGUGUACUCUCCAGACUGCAAAUUCCACUCCUUUAAGAAGGUGCUUUACGAGAUGGGGCCCGAGUACUCCAGCAACGUGGAGCUUGCAUCCUUCCACUCUACCUCCAAGGGCUACAUGGGCGAGUGUGGCUACAGAGGAGGCUAUAUGGAGGUGAUCAACCUGCACCCCGAGAUCAAAGGCCAGCUAGUGAAGCUGCUGUCCGUGCGACUGUGCCCGCCAGUGUCCGGGCAGGCUGCCAUGGACAUCGUCGUGAACCCCCCAGUACCUGGAGAGGAAUCCUUCGAGCAGUUCCGCAGGGAGAAAGAGUCUGUCCUGGGUAAUCUGGCCAAAAAGGCUAAGCUGACAGAAGACCUGUUUAACCAAGUCCCCGGAAUUCAUUGCAACCCCUUGCAGGGCGCUAUGUACGCCUUUCCUCGGAUCUUCAUCCCCAGCAAGGCCGUGGAAGCAGCUCAGGCCCAUAAAAUGGCCCCAGACAUGUUCUACUGCAUGAAGCUCCUCGAGGAGACCGGCAUCUGCGUCGUACCGGGCAGUGGCUUCGGGCAGAGGGAAGGCACCUACCACUUCAGAAUGACCAUCCUCCCUCCAGUGGAGAAGCUGAAGACAGUUCUACAGAAGGUGAAGGACUUUCACAUAAAAUUCCUGGAGAAGUACGCAUGAGGACUGCUCGGACCCAAAGGGAGACCUGCUUGUCAGGCCUUCCUCCUGAUGCCCACCCACACCAGACUGAACUUGCCUUCCCCAGCGACUCUGCCUCAGGCCUCACAAAGGUCACUGGUCGCUUUUGUUGUCAUUUUGCCCCAAGAGACUUCUUUCUUUGUGCCUUGAUGUUGGGAGCACUUCUCUUCUGAGCAAUGUGAUUGGGGAUAUCUCAGAAGUCCUGUUUUUUUUUGAAGCAACCAAAGUAGAGGGGACUUGCUCUGCACAUGUGGCCGGCGUUCUCUGAAUCUGUUGUUGUUGCCUUUGGUAAGGUCAUUUGGGGUUUAAAACAACCAGGGUAUGUUGGGCGAGAGAUGUUUCAGAUCUGAAGAAGUAAGAAGGUGUUGGGAAAUGUAUGACAGUCGUGGCGAGCGAGGACUGGAAAUCCCACACUCAACACCAUGAUCUGUGAAAUAAAACCCUUAGCAGUGUGCAAAUCUAGUUCUUCAAACAGAAGAGCCUGGAAGUCCGCUGGAGGCUCAGAAAGGGCCCACCAUUCUGGCCUGCAGGCAGAUGGCCUGUCUCUCAGACAAGAAUGGUGCAGGCGGGGUGGGACUGGAUGCCAGGCUAGGUUGUGACAGGUACUGGGCUCCAUGGCCAAGGUCAGCAGGUCCUGCAGGGGAAGAGUGGGUGUGAACCAGGUCUCCGCGUGGGAGCACGCAGCAGGUAGUGAGGACUCUUGCACAUAGAGCAGUAGGUAGUGAGGGCUUUGGGGGUGAAGGUUCUCUUAAGCGUGCUUAGGCUGGGACCCCCGUCUGAGAGGACUCCCUGGACUUCGGGGACGCAGGGUACAGCCCAGUAAUAUCCCCAUCAUGUGGAGGGAUUCUGCCUGCUGACGUGUGAAUCCAUCCUGCUGUCAGCCAACAACGGGUCUCGACCAAGGGCUCCAUUGAGCCUUUACACACAUCGCCCCCUGUUGGUGACAGCAGGGAUAAGGAAACACUGAAGAUGUCCAGAUGAGGGAGGGGCGGCAUCCUCAAGGACUUGACCAAAGUCAAGCCCUCACCACCA